GUCAACCCGUUACCCAUCCCCUCCCUCCCACUUCACGUCGCUCACCGGCCUUGGCGACUAUCAUCAUGGCUGACGCGUCGAAGCCCAUCCAGUUCUGCGAGCACUUGCAGCUCUCAAGCUUGGGCAUACAACCUGCGUCCAUCUCCUUUCAGACAUUGACGUUAGAGUCCGACCACUUUAUUUGCGUACGAGAGAAGGUUAAUGAACAAAAUCAAGUCGUUAUAAUUGACCUCGCGGACGCCAACAAUGUUCUACGAAGACCGAUCACCGCCGACUCCGCAAUAAUGCAUCCUUCCAAGAAAAUCCUGGCGUUGAAGGCUGGCCGGACGCUUCAAAUUUUCAACAUCGAGACCAAGCAGAAGGUGAAGUCCCAUUCCAGCAACGAAGACAUCGUGUUUUGGAAAUGGGUGUCCGAGACGACGAUCGGUAUGGUCACCGAUACGGCUGUGUACCAUUGGUCAAUAGCAGACCAAACCACCGCUCCCACCAAGAUCUUCGACCGCCAUCCUACUUUGUCUGGCGCUCAAAUCAUCAACUAUCGCGUCUCGCCUGACGAGAAAUGGUUGGUAUUAAUUGGCAUCGCUGGCAACACCACAAAUCCUUCCGCCUUCAAAGUCAAGGGUGCCAUGCAGCUGUAUAGUAGGGAACGAGGCGUCAGUCAGCCGAUCGAAGGCCACGCCGCGUCCUUUGCCGAGAUCAAAUUAGACGGUCACCAAAAUGUGACGAAGUUGUUCGCAUUCUCCGUCCGGACGGCCACUGGGGCCAAGCUGCAUAUAGUUGAGAUUGAUCACCAAGCACCGGACCCACCGUUUACCAAGAAGGCCAUCGAUGUGUAUUUCCCCCCGGAAGCGACGAAUGACUUUCCUGUCGCCAUGCAAGUGUCAAAGCGCCAUGGCAUUGUUUAUCUGGUGACAAAGUACGGCUUCAUUCAUCUGUACGAUCUGGAGUCGGGAGCAUGCGUCUACAUGAACCGAAUUUCGGGCGAGACCAUCUUCGUUACUGCGGAACACGAAGCAAGCAACGGUAUCAUCGGCGUCAACAAGAAGGGUCAAGUACUCUCCGUCAGCGUUGACGAACAGACUAUCAUUCCUUACAUCCUAACAACUCUUAACAACACCGAGUUGGCCUUCAAGCUCGCUAGCCGUGGAAACCUACCUGGAGCCGACGACUUGUAUGUCAAGCAGUACCAGCAACUCUUCUCCAGCGGCCAGUACAGUGAAGCCGCCAAGAUUGCAGCCAAUUCCCCCAGAGGCAUUCUUCGCACGAAUCAGGUAAUUGAGUCGCUUAAACAAGCCCCUGCUCAAACAGGGGGGCUCUCCCCGAUCCUGCAGUACUUCGGUGUUCUGCUCGAGAAGGGUGAACUCAAUCACCUUGAGUCGCUUGAACUGGCUCGCCCGGUUUUGCAGCAAGGUCGCAAGCAGUUGCUGGAGAAAUGGUUGAAAGAGAACAAGCUUACCUGCAGUGAGGAGCUCGGUGACAUCGUCCGGACGCAUGACAUGACUCUAGCACUGAGCGUUUACCUGAGGGCCAACGUGCCCAAUAAGGUUAUUGCCUGCUUUGCAGAGACCGGUCAGAUCGACAAGAUCGUUUUGUACUCGAAAAAGGUCGGAUACAAUCCGGAUUACGUUGGUCUCCUGCAACACGUCAUGCGCACGAGCCCUGAAAAGGGUGCUGAGCUCGCUGGCCAGCUCGUUAACGACGAGAAUGGCCCCUUGGUCGACAUUGAACGGGUUGUAGAUAUCUUCAUGUCGCAGAACAUGAUCCAACCUGCUACGUCGUUCUUGCUGGACGCUCUCAAGGAGAAUAAACCCGAGCAAGGCCAUCUCCAAACCCGCUUGCUGGAGAUGAACUUAGUUCAUGCUCCUCAGGUCGCCGAUGCUAUUCUCGGCAACGAGAUGUUCUCGCACUACGACAGGCCUCGCAUCGCAAACCUUUGCGAGAAGGCUGGUCUUCUCCAAAGAGCUUUGGAACAUUAUGAGGACCUCGCGGAUAUCAAGCGUGCCGUCGUACACACGAACGCUCUUCAGCCUGAGUGGCUCGUAAACUAUUUCAGCCGCUUGACGACUGAGCAGUCUAUGGCUUGCAUGCAAGAGAUGCUUCGCGUCAACAUCCGUCAGAAUCUCCAGGCUGUCAUCCAGAUUGCAACCAAGUAUUCUGAUAUUCUUGGCCCUGUGAAGUUGAUCGAGAUGUUUGAGUCUUUUAAGACUUUCGAAGGGUUGUACUACUACCUUGGUUCCAUCGUCAACCUCAGCGAGGACCCUGAGGUACAUUUCAAGUACAUUCAAGCCGCCACCCGCACUGGUCAAAUCCGCGAAGUCGAGCGUAUAUGCCGCGAGAGUAACUUCUACAACCCUGAGAAGGUCAAGAACUUCCUCAAGGAGGUUAAGCUUCAGGAUCAACUUCCUCUCAUCAUUGUUUGCGACCGGUUCGAUUUUGUGCACGAUCUCGUUCUCUACUUAUACCAAAACGGCCUCACCAAGUUCAUUGAGGUCUACGUUCAGCGGGUCAACUCUGUCCGUACGCCCCAGGUCAUUGGUGGCUUGCUGGACGUGGACUGUGAUGAAACUACAAUCAAGGGUCUGCUCGCAUCUGUCACUGGCAACUUCCCAAUAGACGAGCUCGUGCAUGAGGUUGAGCAGCGCAAUCGUCUGAAGCUGAUCCUCCCUUGGCUCGAAGUCCGUGUUCAGUCAGGCAGCCAGGAUCCCGCUGUGUACAAUGCGAUGGCCAAAAUCUAUAUUGACAGCAACAACAACCCUGAAGCCUUCCUUAAGGAGAAUAACCUGUACGAGCCUCUUGUGGUCGGCAAGUUCUGCGAAAAGCGGGAUCCUUACCUUGCAUACAUCGCAUAUGCUAAGGGCUUUUGCGAUGAUGAGCUCAUUGCGAUUACCAACGAGAAUUCCAUGUUCAAGCAGCAGGCUCGCUACCUCGUCAAGCGCCGUCAGCCUGAGCUUUGGGCUCAAGUCCUCGUCGGCGACAACAUGCACCGCCGGGCUCUCAUUGAUCAGGUCGUCGCAACCGCUUUGCCGGAGUGCACUGAUCCCGACGACGUCUCGAUUACUGUCAAAGCUUUCCUGACUGCUGACCUGCCUAUCGAGUUGAUCGAGAUGCUUGAGAAGAUCAUCAUCGAGCCCUCUCCCUUCAGCGACAACCGCAAUCUACAGAAUCUGUUGUUGCUCACAGCUAUUCGUGCAGACAAGGGCAAAGUCGUUGGCUACAUCAAUAAACUCCAGAACUACGACUCUGGAGAGAUUGCGAAGAUUGCUACCGACCAUGGUCUUUACGAAGAGGCCUUCACAAUCUACAAGAAAUACGAGCAACAUGAUAUGGCUAUUAACGUCCUCGUGGAGCACAUUGCCUCUAUCGACCGUGGUCUUGAGUAUGCAAAGAAGAUAAACAAGCCUGAGGUCUGGAGCCGCCUCGGCAAGGCUCAGCUGGACGGUCUGCGCGUCAAGGAUGCCAUCGACUCUUACAUCAAGGCCGAGGAUCCGUCUAACUAUGCCGAAGUCAUCGAAAUCUCGAACCACGCUGGCAAACACGAUGAUCUCGUUCGCUUCCUUCAGAUGGCUCGCAAGCAUGUCAGGGAACCCAAGGUCGACACGGAGCUGGCAUACGCCUACGCGAAGACCGAUCGUCUACAUGACAUGGAGGACUUCCUUGCCAUGACCAACGUCGCUGACAUCCUUGAGGUUGGGGAAAAGUGUUUCGAAGACGAGCUCUACCAAGCCGCGAAGCUUCUGUUCACGAGCAUUUCCAACUGGGCACGUCUUGCAACGACUUUGAUCUACCUCGGAGAAAAUCAGGCUGCUGUCGAGAGUGCCCGCAAGGCUGGCAACACUCAAGUCUGGAAACAGGUACACGCUGCCUGUAUCGAGAAGACAGAGUUCCGACUUGCUCAAAUCUGUGGUCUGAACAUCGUCGUCCACGCAGAAGAGUUGCCAGGCAUCGUCGCAUCGUAUGAACGCCGUGGCCAUUUCGACGAGGUUCUUGCUCUGCUGGAGGCUGCCCUGAGUCUCGAGCGUGCUCAUAUGGGUAUUUUCACGGAACUCGCUGUCCUCUACAGCAAAUACCGUCCCGAGAAACUCAUGGAACACCUUAAACUCUUUGUUGCCCGCAUCAACAUCCCUAAGGUCAUCAAGGCCACCGAAAGAGCCCACCUAUGGCCAGAGCUGGUCUUCCUGUACAUCAAGUAUGAUGAAUUUGACAAUGCCGCUCUGGCGAUGAUUGAGCGGUCUGCUGAUGCAUGGGAGCACAACCAGUUCAAGGACACGAUCGUCCGUUCUGCGAACAUCGAAAUCUAUUACAAGGCUUUGUCGUUCUACCUUCAGGAGCAGCCGACGUUGCUGACAGACUUGCUCUCCGUGAUGAUUCCUCGUAUUGACCACACUCGGGUUGUCCGCAUGUUCCGCCAAAUUGAUCACAUUCCCCUCAUUCGGGCCUACCUCAUCGCUGUCCAGGAGCUCAAUAUUGAGGCCGUCAAUGACGCAUACAAUGACUUACUGAUCGAAGAGGAAGACUACAAGACUCUCCGCGACUCAAUCGACAGCUUCGACAACUUUGACAACAUUGGCUUGGCCCAACGUCUCGAGCGACAUGGCCUUUUGGAGUUCAGGCGGCUCGCUGCUCAUCUAUACAAGAAGAACUCUCGCUGGGAAGAGUCAAUAUCAAUGUCGAAGCAGGACAAGCUCUAUAAGGAUGCUAUGGUCACUGCCUCGGCCUCGGGAUCGACCGAAGUUGCGGAGGAUUUGUUGUCAUACUUCGUCGACAUUGGCAAUAAGGAGUGCUUCGCUGCGAUGCUGUUUAUCUGCUUCGAUCUCCUUCGCCCCGAUAUUGUAGAAGAGCUCUCCUGGCAACAUGGUUUGAACGACUUCUACAUGCCGUUCCGUAUCCAGGUUCAGCGUUCCUUGGUGGAAAAGAUGGCUGCACUUGAGAAGGAAGUUCGCGAACGUUCCAAGAAAGAGGCACAAAAGGAAGAGCAGGAGGCUGAGGCACCUAUAAUCAAUCCCGCCAAUCGCCUCAUGAUUACGCAAGGCUCAAUGAACGGUUAUCCCACCCAGGGCCCUGCGAUGACCAACGGAACAGGAAUGGGUAUGAUGCCUAUGAUGACUGGCUUCGGUGGUUUCUAGUUACCAUGUCUAUCGCGAGUGAUAUUAUUGUACCACGCAUGCUUGCUUUUAC